AUGCUGCUCAGCCUUCCGUCCCUACGUACCAAAUUUGGCUGGACCCGCGCAACUCUCCAACGAUUUGCCCCCAUAUGGGACGCCAUCCCCACAGGUAUGCUGUACAACCCACUACCUACACUCCAGCAACAGACCCUCCAGUGGGAUCCCCAACCUGCCAGCCAGUCGCUGCCUACCCAUCCGCCGACACUGCUACGGUCCCAUCUCCCAUACCUUGAACAACCACUCGGUCGCACGUUCUUCACAUCCUCCCGUGGCUUCGAAGCCAUCCAGAUCCCUCUCCAUGUCAUGCUUGUCGUCCCCCACCACCUUACCCAUCGGGACGGUAGACCUGUCACACUUAGCUACCGCAUUGGCCGACGUGCCAGUCUCCAAACUUGACAUACUCCUGCUAGCCCAGAAAUCGCCGUCACCUCUGGCAUGAACUCUGAAAGGGCUCGGACAUCUGGUACUCACCUACACCACGCGAAGCCCGUAGCCGACUUCGCCUGGUCCCCAUUGCGGGGUGUACGAUCC